GCCCGUGGAGAGCGUCGUGCGCGCCGGUCGAAUUUAAAUUUCGAACGCACGCAACUCUCACAGAGAAAAAAGGAAUUUUCACUUGAAAACAAGGAGCAUUUUAUUUUUUAAAGGAUUCUCAGUUAUGUGCUAGUGUCUGUUCUCGUGAAGUGUGUUCGAAGUUCUAUUCAAUCUCAGGCACGAUGCUGCAGCAGAUUCUGCGUGACAUGUGGGUGGACCCGGAGAUCCUCGCCGAGCUGGACGAGUCGCAGAAGCAGACGCUGUUCUGCAAGAUGCGCGAGGAGCAGGUGCGGCGUUGGAGGGACUGGGACCAGAAAGUGAGCAAAGAGGAAACAGAACGGCCGAAAUUUCAGUCCAAUGGAAAGAAGACAGUCUCGUUCCUUAAAGGUGAAGAUGGUGAGCCAUGGGUCUGGGUAAUGGGAGAGCAUCCAGAUGACCCGUCCAUCGAGAGUAUCCUGGCUGAGGAGGCGAAGAAGCGAGCUCUAGCUCAGGCCAGGGAGGAGGCUCACCAGCUACGGAAGUCAGUGGAGAAGGAACUCACACACCUCAUCGACUACAAUCCUUUAGAUAGCUUAGAACAGAAAUUCGACUUAUCCCCAAAAGACGUGGAGUCAAUAGACGAUGCAUUGGACCUGUACUGCUCCGUGGACGAGCUGAGACAGAGGAUCGAGGAGUUGGAGCCGGAGCUGAAGGAUAAGGAGGACCUAAGUGACUGUGAUGACUCCCUCAAGCUGGACAUCAAGAAGAACACGCUACAUUUCAACUUCAUUGAGGGGAAGAAGGAUGUUAUUCAGGAGGGUAUGGGCGGUGGCACGGAGGGUGUGAGCGUCCGUGUAGCGGCCUGGGAGCGGCGCGUGGCGGCGGCGCGCGCGGGUGACAUACUACGUGGGUUGAGAGCACGACGUGCGCGCACCCUACGCGAUGCUCAGCUGCAGGCGAGUCGGGAGCAUGCGGCAUGGCGGGACCAAGAACGCAAAGCUAAGGAAGCAGAAGCGGCGAUGAGACAGAUUGCUCGCGCGGCGAGGGAGGCGCAUCGCCGUAGCAGCGAGGUCACCACACCUAUUACCACACAAGUUGGCAAACCACCAAACAAAGAGGCUGUGCUUGAGUGGUUCAGGAACAACGAACAGAAGCGCGGCGUUGGGCUUGAUGAGAACAACAAGCCUGUUUACUGGUUCCAUGGAGUAAUAACCCGAGUAGAAGCAGAGCGGCUUCUGUUCCCGCGCGCCGCCGGCACCUACCUGGUGCGGGUGUCUGAGCGGGUGUGGGGGUACGCGUUGUCGGUGCGCGCGGCUGACCGCUGCAAGCACUUCCUGGUGGAAGCUGGCAGUGGCUACCGGCUGCUGGGUACAGGGCAGAAGGAGCACCGCACCUUGGCUGAUCUGGUGGACUAUCACAAGAAGGUCCCCAUCACGGAGAGCGGUAAGGAGCUGCUGGAGACGGCGUGUCCGCCCGCCACGCCGCCCGUCAUCUAACGCCGCCAUUUUGUGAAGAGGCGCCAUCUUGAAUAAUGUGACAUAAGCAUAACCUAUAAACGACAAAUGAAUUGAAAUUAU